AUGAAGGCGGCUAUGGAUGCCAAGGCACUUCUUCGGCGGAGACAUCUUCAUCAACUGCGGACGCUGGCAAAACGUUCUCCCGCAUUUAUCCAGAGAGAGUCCGCCAAGCUUUGCUCCCUGCUGUACGAACACAUCCAAGCACUGUGGAGCUCUCGACCGGAAACUCAAUUGCUGCUUCUCUGUGGAUACCUGCCCCUUUACUACGAGAUGGAUUUAACUGCGCUGUUUCGCCGCUUUUGGCUGGAGACGCAGCGGGCGGGCCUGCCUAAUGUCAAGGUAUUUGUCCCGAUGGUGCUUUCACCGUGCAACCCUUCUAAUGGUGCCACUGCCACUUUGACUCCUCUAUGGCAGCGCCCGUGGGAUACCGCCAUGACGCGCUUUGCGAGCGGCAUGGCAUUUGUGGAGGUCUUUGAUGAGGGGGACUUAAUGACUUCCUUCGAGCGACGUGGUCAGUACGGUUUGAUGGAGCCAAAGGAGGAAGUUAUAGAGGAGCUUUUCAGCACAGGCGUGGGCUCCAGUUGUGGCAGGGGCACUGGCCCGCGUCACUUCAUUGCGUGUGACGAGCAUGAGGUGUUGUUUCCAGAGUGUGCGAAGCCAAAAAAUUUGAUUGAGCUGAAACUGCUGUUACGCAGUAUGGAAUACUCAACGUGUAUGCUGGUGUUAGCACCUGGUGUUUUGUUUGACCGCUUCGGCGGCAGGCUGGGAAAGGGUGGAGGUUACUAUGAUCGGUUCCUCCAGUACAGUCGGGAUGUGGCGGCAGGUGCGGUGGCGUCGUGGGGCGUCGGCAUGGAGAUGCAACUGCUGCCAGAGGAGAAGAGGCUGCCAGUUUGCACGCAGAUUCUGUCGUCCGGGGGCGGUGCCCGGGAUUCCCAUAUGGACGGCGUGGUCACGCCUGCCGGGUAUGUGUCUUGCGCACCACCGGCGUAG